UCCAGCUGCUGGCUUCCCCCGGCACAUACCAUCACAUGAGUAGUGCUAAUUUUAGCAAGGAACAAGAAACAAAGUACAAGUCGCUGUUAAACCAAGAGGCCUAAGGAAAUCUUAUGUUGCACAGGAAUCAUCUUUAUAAAGCAAACACCAUCCAGCUCUAGCCAAGAAAAUGGUCCAAAUCUUUGUAAAAGUGGAAGAGACUUUGUUUGAGACAGACAAGGACCUGUUGGUAACGCACAGUGAAUAUUUCCGUGCCCUUUUCCAGUCUGGGAUGCGGGAGAGCACUCAGGAUGAGUUCUACCUUCAGAGCUUGAGUGCCAAGGGAUUCCUGAUCAUGCUCAGAGUGCUGGAUGGAGAGCAACCUCUGCUGAAUUGUGAGGAAAUCCUGCAAGCUGUGGAAUGUGCGGCUUUCCUACAGGUGCAGCUUCUGGCCAAACACUUGGUCAAUUUAAUCAACACAGACAAUUGUGUGUUUAUGUACCAGGCUGCUGCUACCUAUGGCCUCCUGGAUCUGUUUCAUUCUGCGGCGUUAUAUAUCAGAGAUAUUUACGAACUGUUGGAAGAGGAUAUACAAUCACUUCCCACUGAUCUCCUGCAGUAUGUUGAGUCCCUCUUGCCGAGUACAUUUGUGGCUGUGGGGGCCCACACUCCUGCCUCCAGUUUUCUUGAGGAUGCUUCCCGUAAAAUCUGCUUUCUGGAUGAGCAGAAUAACCAAUGGGAGAGCCUAGGCUGUAUCCCAGACAAUGCAAGCACCUUCCUAGCUGGUGUUGCCACCCUUGAUAACAAGGUCUAUAUUGUAGGGGGUGCGCAUGGUGCCAAUAAGAAAGUGGUGGAAAGGAGCUUUUGCUAUGAUGUAGACAACCGUAGAUGGAGUGAAUUUUCCAGUCCACAUCAGCUUCGAUAUGAAGUGACAUUGGUGGGACACGAGGCACAUUUAUAUGCCAUUGGAGGGGAAUAUGAGAAGGUCCCAGUUGUUUCUGUUGAGAAAUACAGUCUAUCUUCACAGACUUGGAGUUUUCUCAGUGAGCUUCCUCAGCCGACAGCAGGUCCACCAGCUUCAAAGGCCAUGGGAAGAAUCUUCAUCUGUCUCUGGAAACCACUGGACACCACCAUUAUUUAUGAAUAUGACAUCCUGAAAGAUGAGUGGAUCUUUGUCACUUCCAUAAUGAGGCAGCAGAGUUAUGGACACUGCAUGGUUGGACACAGAGACAAUCUGUAUGUCAUGAGGAAUGGUCCCUCUGAUGACUUCCUCCGCUGCACCAUUGAGAAUUUUAACCUCACCACCAAGCAGUGGACAACUCUAUCUGGACAGUAUGUCAACAGUAAGGGUGCACUUUUUACAGCUGUCAUCAGGGGAGACACAGUUUUUACCUUGAACAGGGCACUUACCUUGCUCUACAGUGUAGACAGUUACAGCUGGAAGCCCAAAAAAGAAAAGGCGGGGUUUAUCAGAGGUGGUUCACUACAUGCAUUCUUCCUGAGGAUUCCUGAAGAAACAAAGCUUAUAGCCAAACAAAACCGAAUGAAUCAACUACAAAGCCAUUAUCCUGUGAGAAAAUGCUCCAGCUGAAUUGUGCUUUGUAAAACAGAAUAUAUGUGUUGCUAUACAGAAGUCGGUUUCUCCCAGAGUAAAGAGUACUUAUCCUUAUCCAAAAUACAGUGUUCUUCUUGAUCCAGGUUUGUUAAAUAGAACAUUGCCAAAAUGGUCAAAUCCUGUGCUGAUGCUCAGGUAGCUGGUACAUGGGUAUACAGUAUUUACCACCAGUAUAAGGAAAGCAUUCUGUAAAGUAAUUGAGAAUCAGGGCCUGAAUUAGGGGUAGGCAGAAGAGACAUGUGCCUAGGGUGCAAUGGGUGCUCAGGUACAAGUGUGCGCAUGUGAGGUGGCACGCAAGGGGCAUGCGCUUGUGAGGGGCAUGCAGGGGACAAGAUCACUUUAGCAGUGGGCAAGGAUGGGUUUGGAUUAGGGGUAGGCAGAGAGAAGAGGUACAUUCCCAGCACCCCCUCCAUCAUUGUGCCCUAGGCACGUGCAUCUUCUGCCUUCCCCUAAUUCUGGCCCUUUGACAAAUAUUUUGGUCCCAGUUGGGUAUUCAUACUUAAAGUUCCAGUAGAUUAACAAAGAAUUAAACAUUGACCUACAACAGUCACUGAAUGCAAGGUACAGGUAUGGGAGCUAUCCAAGUAUCCGUUGGCGGACAAGGGGCAUUGUGUUUUUCCUUGUGCUUAUUUAUGCACCAUAUAGGCACCCUAUACAUCCCUGUAACCACAUGGGUGAUUUAAUGUUGGUUAGUGUUGCCCUAUCUAAAAUUAGCUAAAUAUUUUUUUUAGAAAUCAAAACUUAACAACCCAAAGGGUGACACUGCCAGGCAACCAAGCAAUAUGCCACAGCUCUGAUCUUGCUUAAUGAAUAUAAAUGAUAUUUAGUAUUUUUAUUUAUAUAGAGCUACUUGUGCACUUGGCACUGUACAGCAGAACAGUACAGUAAUAGAACAAACAGGGGUCACAACAAUAAUAAAAUACAGUUACACGAGGAGGGGGAAAGAGAUCCCAUUGAGCUUAUGAUCUAAAGUUUCAGCUAUCACUGGGAAAUUUUAAAUUGUGAUUGAUUUAUGUUUUAUAAUACAUUGUAAAACUAUAAGCAAAAAUGACCAUAGUGACUCUAUUACAUGCAGUAGGACCCUAUUAUAAUCACCAAAGUAACAUCUUUCAUAGUCAUUUUAAAUUAUUUUUAAUGCAAAUUUUCCAUAGGCACUUCUUGCAGUUGAAACAAACCUCAUAUAGGAAACAAUGGUUCACCAGCAGCUCUUGAAUGGUAAAUACUUUGUUACCUAAAAAACAUGGUAGAAAACCUUAAGCAGGGAGAACAUAAAAAAAAAAUAAAAUGAGAGAGCAGGUUGCAAUUUUCCAUUACCAAGAAUUAUGUGCAAUUAUGUGUUUUAAAGAGGCAGACAUUUUUCAAAUGGCCCUUCUAUAUUGGGAAUUACAACAUGUAUAUAACCCCUACAAGUCCCCCCACAUCCCACCAAAAGACAAUAAUCCAGUGGCCCCUCGAGCGCUGUCAUAUGUGCAGUGCCCAGACUCACCGGCUUUCAGUAUCAUCAGUACACAGAUCCAGUUAUUCAAACACAAAUUCAACGCCACACACUCUGCAUCAACUGCUCAGAUAAUUUAAGGGCCCCUUUGCAAGAAACACUUCCAUGCUAUAAACAUUUACAUAGUUUUUCCUCUCGCUGAGCUAUCUGGCUUUGUUCUUUUCGGCACAAAAGUCAUUAAGAUCACAGGCUUGGGCCCAGCGGGGCACAGCUGCAACUACUUGUUUGGGUGAUUGAUGAUGGAUAGAUGGGUAUUGCUUGGCUAUUAUGGUGCUGAUAAUUGCUCCGCAUUUUGCCACUUUCUCAAUCUGACAUGUAAUGUACACACAGACUGGUAGGAAUGAUUAAACACAGAUACAAACAUGUGUAUUCUCAGCAAUAGGAAGACAGACCCCUAAAUACUUGUGUAUGAAUGGGCGAGGGUAUGUUAUGUAUGGUUUACUCCUUGCAUUGGGCGGAAUUGCAGACAACCAGUGGUAAGGAUUAUUAUUAUUAUUUAUAUAGCGCCAUCAAUUUACGCAGUGCUUAAGAGAAUAUAGGGGUACAAAAGA